CCCACUCCAAGCCCGCCUCUCUCUCGGUCCCUCCCGCGGCUGCAGAGGGCGGGCAGCGCAGCCCGGCUUUCUCUCUCCCUCUCUCUCUCUUUCCCUCCUUCCUCCUCCUCCUCCUCCUCCUCCCCAGCGAUUCAAAGCGCUCCCCAGCCGCCCCCGCCGCGGCCCUUUGCAGCCAGCGGCGGCCAAGGAAGCGGCCAGUUUGAGCCGGGAAGGGACGGAGCUCUCGGCGGGGCCGGCCACGCCACCUCCCCCGUCUUUUUUUUCCCCUUCUCCGCCUCCCUUUCCCUCCCUUCUUUCCCGGCCGCACUUUCUCUCUCUCUCUCUCUCUCUCUCUGUGGAUCUCUAGAUCUCUCUCGCUCUCUCUGGAUCUCUCUCUCGCCCUUUCCCCGCGCGCCUGGCAACUUAGGAUCGCCGCGCCAAAGGGGCUGGCUGCCUAGGGACGCGGGGCCAACCCCCCCACCUCCACCGGCUUCCUCGCGGACUCGCCGCCGGCUCUUUUGUUGCCGCGAUGCGGCGGGCGAAGGCUUCCCCCCGGUCGCCCCCCGCCGCCGCCGCCCGCCUGCCUCCGCCUCUGCUGCGCUCGCUGCCGCUGCUGCUGCUGCUGCUGGCGCUGGCGCCGUGGCCGGCCCGCGGCAACCGGAGCUGUCCGGAGAAAGAGCUGGAGCGGCGGGAGGAAGAGGCCAACGUCGUCCUGACCGGCACGGUGGAGGAGAUCUUCAACGUCGACCCGGUGCACCAGACCUACUCGUGCAAGGUGAGGGUUUGGAGAUACCUGAAGGGGAAAGAGGUGGUGACUCAUGAGAUCCUCUUGGACGGCGGGAACAAGGUGAUGAUUGGGGGCUUUGGGGACCCCUUGAUCUGCGACAACCAGGUCUCCACGGGGGACACCCGGAUUUUCUUCGUCAAUCCUGCCCCGCACUACAUGUGGCCUGUUCACAAGAACGAACUGAUGCUGAACUCCAGCCUGAUGAGGAUUACUUUGCGAAACCUGGAAGAGGUGGAACACUGCGUCGAAGAUAAACCGGUCAAUUACUUCCCGCAGGCAGUGCCCCAGGAUGUGCAGCUGAGGGCAUCUUGGGAAAUUAAAGAAGCUGCUAAAUUCAUUGACGUGACCCUGUCCAAGGUGCUGAAUUUGGAGAAGCAACCUCGUAAAGCGAAGAGCGAGCACUUGGGGGCUGCUUUCUAG